AUGACGGCGGAAAUUAAGCUUGGGAUUAUAGAACUGAUACACAAUUGCAACUGCACAAUAACUACAAGACAAGUUUCAGCAGAAGUAAUUCAAGGCACACGCCGGCUCAGGGCAUGCAGAGGUAGUUUUAGCAGAAGGAGGAAGAGUAGCAGUUGUUCAGUUGUUCUAGCAGAGAAUUUACAACAGAUAAAUUUAACAGGAACAGUUCCAGAGGAAGGACUUUUAGCAGAUGGCCUUUCAACAGGCACGCAGCAGCACCAACAGCAGAAGCAGGAGCAGAAGCAGGCACACCCAGUCCCCCAGCAGAAGAACUUUCGAAAGACUCAUCACCAGCAGAAGCAGAAGCGUACUCCCCCCCCCCCCAAAGCAGAAGCACCUUCGAAAGACGUACCACCAUCACCACCACCAGCAGAAUCAGGCGCACCCCCCCACCCCCUAGUAGCAGAAGCCCCUUCGAAAGACACAACACCACCACCAUCACCACCACCAGCAGAAGCAGGCGCACCCCCACCCACCCACCCCCCAGCAGCAGCAGAAGCGGCGGGCGUCGGGAGAGUGAGACGUAUGCCUUGGAUGUGGAGCCGCUUGCUUAUUGCCUCCGCCUUCAUAAUUCAAGACAGUAUUAAAUUUUCUCGGUCCUCGCGGGCGCUCCCACCCACCCUUGGGGACAAUAAGCUCCAGCAGGGACAGGCCGACUGCAUCAAACCUCCACCGGAUGAUUUCGUACCGUCGGCGCCUCCUCCAGAAUACCAACAAGGUGCGAGGGGCGUGCCUGUUCUCGACGCCCCCGCGCUCUAUGUGGCUGCUUCCCCAGGGGGGCUCUUGACCAGCUCUCUCUCCCUCUCCCCCCUUCUCCUGCCCCCGGAAAUCGUUGUCACGCGCCCUGGCGAUGACUUACGCAGAAGGGGAGACAGGAGGACGCGCCUCGAGGGCCUUGGGGUCCUGCCGCUGCCAUUGAAGGAAGUACUUGACAUCAGGCCCAUGUCAUUUACUUGCUACGUGGGAACUCUGGUGCCAUUACUGCCCGACGAUUGUCAACGACAGCUACUCUUAAAUCUCCCCAGUUGCCCUAAGUCCACUGUCCACGUUACACACGACCCCUGA